AUGACUUCGCAUGUUGAAGAAAUUGAAGAAGAGGAAAUAUCAAAUAUUGAGAAAGGCAAAGGCAAAGAUUGCCAUCGAGGAAUCGAAACAGUCAUUUGUUCUUCUCCCAGCAUUGUUUGCCUCACUCAAAAGUUGAUAGCAGAGAUGAUUGGGACGUAUUUCUUAAUAUUCGCUGGAUGUGGGGUGGUGGUAGUGAAUGUGUUGUACGGUGGAACAGUGACAUUUCCUGGGAUAUGUGUGACUUGGGGUCUUAUUGUUAUGGUCAUGAUUUACUCUACAGGUCACAUUUCCGGUGCCCAUUUUAAUCCUGCCGUCACCCUCACUUUUGCUGUGUUCCGGCGGUUUCCCUGGUAUCAAGUACCAUUGUAUAUAGGUGCACAACUUACGGGGUCAUUAUUAGGGAGUUUGACACUGAAACUAAUGUUCCAUGUGACACCAGCAGCUUACUUCGGAACAACUCCGUCUGAUUCAGCAGCACAAGCCCUCGCAGCUGAGAUCAUUAUCUCAUUCCUCCUUAUGUUUGUUAUCUCCGGCGUUGCCACUGAUAAUCGUGCGGUCGGAGAAUUAGCUGGAAUUGCGGUGGGGAUGACUAUAAUGUUGAACGUCUUCGUGGCUGGACCGGUUUCAGGAGCAUCGAUGAAUCCCGCAAGAAGUCUAGGACCAGCGAUAGUGAUGGGAGUGUAUGAUGGACUUUGGAUUUACAUUGUUGGUCCUCUUCUCGGAAUUAUGGCCGGAGGUUUUGUUUAUAACCUUAUAAGAUUUACGGAUAAGCCACUUAAAGAGCUUACUAGGAACGGUUCUUUUCUUCGUUCUGUUUCUCCAAAACACAAAGCUUCUACUUCUAAAAGCUAA